AUGUCAUCGAAAAUCCGUAAAUUAAUCCCAUUGUUCGACAGAGUUCUCAUUAAGAGAAUUAAAGUUCCAGAAGCCACUCAAAUUCAAGGUAUUUAUGUUCCAGAGACUGCUAAAACAAAGCAAAAUCCAGAGGGUCAAGUUGUAGCUGUCGGAGACAAGGCUUCCUUGAAGGUUGGUGAUAAAGUUUUACUUCCAGAAUAUGAAGGAGGAAAGGUCAAGUUCGAUGGUGAACAAUACGAUAUGUAUAGAGAAGACGAAAUUCUCUGCAAGAUUUCCGAGCAAUAA